AUGUCCUCCUCUGACCAAAGAUCCCCUGUGCCAGCAUCAUCUCCAGGGAGCGCCGGCAACCCGAUAAAGUCGCGCCGCAUCCUGGCGUGCGUAUUAUGUCAGCAAAGGAAAGUCAAAUGCGACAGACAAUUUCCCUGCAACAACUGUAGAAGGUCCGGCUCGCAGUGUGUUCCGGCUGACCAGAACCCGCGCGAGAGACGUCGAAGGUUUGCUGAGCGAGACUUGUUGAACCGUCUUCGAAUUUACGAGAGUCUCUUGCGGCAGAACAAUAUCGAGUUCCAACCUCUCCAUUCGCCAUCAACAGACAUCAAUGCUUCUCAUACUAGGGACGACAGGCACCAUGGCUCCAGUGACGGACAACAGAGGCGUAGAACAGAAGAGCCUAGAUCUCACCCAGAUGACACGCCUAGCGUCAAGCCUGGCACAGUGGACUUUUGGCAGGCCAUGAGCCCAAAUCCUAGGGCUCUCGAACCUGAGGAAGACAGCGGGAACGACGACGACGCUGACGAUGGAAACAUGUAUCCGCACGAAAUCGUUCGCAAAGAAGUCGUCAGGGGGGCAUGGGCUCAAAUGUCCCAAAGCAUCAAUCGGUCCCUAUUCGGCUUCGGCACCACAGAUGUCGACCUUGGUCCUUUCCACCCUCCACAAGUUCAGAUCUUCAGACUUUGGCAUAUCUAUCUGGAGAAUGUCAACCCUUUACUAGCAGUGACGCACACGCCGACGCUACAGUCUCGAAUCCUCGAUGCAGUCAGCAACAGGACCAGCAUAGAGCCGCCUCUAGAAGCGCUCAUGCUCAGCAUAUACUGCGUUUCUAUACUAAGUCUCGGCAAGGAAGAUUGUCAAGCACUAUUUGGGGUCUCACGAGACAACCUCCUGAAAAGCUAUCAAUUCGGAUGUGAACAAGCUCUUCUGAAAUGUGAUGUCUUGCGAACCGAUGACAUUGAUUGUCUUACUGCAUUCUAUCUUUACCUGAUUUCUUUCCGCCCAGGAACGGACCCUCGCUCCGUCUCGUCCAUGCUCGGGAUCGCUGUACGCAUAGCCCAGAGACUCGGUAUUCACAACGAGAGCGCCAACGCGAAAUGCAGUGUGUUGGAUGCCGAAAUGCGCCGACGACUAUGGUGGUCGCUCGUCAUCUUCGACCAUCGCAUCUGCGAAUUGUCAGACUACAAGACCACCAUGCUCUCCCCAGUAUGGGACUGUAAAACUCCACUGAACAUCAGCGAUCUAGACAUCCGAGCAGAAAUGACCUCCGCUCCCGCGCCACACGACUAUCCUUGUGAGGCUCUGUUCGCCGUCGUUCGAAGCGAAAUGAGCGAUUUUCUCCGCCACAGCGCGUUUCAUCUAGACUUUACCAACCCGGCGCUCAAAGCUCUGACAAACACCACUCCUCCGCACCAGAAUGAUAGUCAUGACAACGAAUUGACAUUACUCGAGCGACUAAUGGAAGAGAAAUACCUCAGACAUUGUAACCCUGAGAAUCCACUACACUUUAUGACGAUAUGGUGGACACGGGGACAUCUCGCCAGGAACCGUCUGUUGGACUACCACGCAAGACACUCUUCUUCGUCCGUAACCGCGUCGUCAGAUCGAUCGUCAAACACAACCACAGCUACAGCUAGUGACUCGAAGUCAAGCGCAAACUCGGCCAGAAAUCCUAAGCUAAAUCCAAAUCCUAGUUCGAAGUCGAGAACAGCCUCAGCUAGCAAUUUGACAAUUGCAAAUCAGAUGCCAACCACGAGAUCGAAUCACAGCUUCAACUCCAGCUCCCACACAAACACUGCCAGCACCGCCACAACCCACAACGACUCUCACCAGCACCACGAUCAAGCGAUCACAUACGCAAUGCGCAUGCUCGAAUGCGACACGGCGCUAAUAACUUCGCCCCUCACGAAGGGUUACACAUGGUACAUGCACAACUACUUCCCCUUUCCCGCGUACAUCCACAUUGUGCGCAACCUGGAACGACGGCCCAUGCAACCGCACGCCGACGAGGCCUGGUCGGUGAUGAGUGACAACUACGACGGGCGGUUCUCUGACGUGGAACACGACGCCAAUCCUUUGUUCAAAGUCUUUUCGGGGGCUAUUUUGCAAGCGUGGAAUGCGCGGGUCGCCGCAACGUCCUGCGGCUGCGGCACUCGUACAGGCUCGGGUGAAGAUAAUGUAGAAGGAGGCGACAAGGGAUACGCGAAGCGGAAACGGAACGUGGGGCAGAAUCAAAGUGCUAACGAAGAAGAAGGAGAAGGAGGAGGAAGAGGAGGAGGAGAAGCACCGUGCCAACACCGACAACACCACCGAGGAGUGGGAGAACGGACAGAAGAAGGAGAAGAAGAAAAAGAAAAAGAACCAAGGAUCGUCGUCAAGAUCAAGCGCAAACUAGCAGAAUUACAAGCAUCAUCGUUCGUCGAAACGAUGACGGCGACGGCCAAUACUACGGACACCAACACACAGCCCGGUCCGUCGUCCGCGCAAGACGGCGCCACAACCACACCAUCAGCACCGGCGGGCACGAUAAAUCCCACGACGAUGCAGAUGCAGGCAGGCAACAUGUGCGGCGGCGGCGGCGGCGGCGGCGGUGGUGGUGGUGAUGCGACAUUCACGUACGGCGCCAACGGUAUGACCGCGGGCCUGGGCUUUCCAGGUCUCUGGGACACAUCGUCUUCGCCCGGUAGUAGUACUACUGGUAACUAUGGAAGAACCAUGCCCGGACGAGGGAUGGGAUGGUUCGACUACGGCCCGUUGGAUUGGAGUACAACAGCAGUGGGAUGGAACCCUACGGUCUCGUCAAGAGGGUGGUGA